UAUGAAAAAGCCCGAUGCUGUGACGCUGGUGUAUCUUCCCAAUGGACCUUCUGCAUACUUCAAACUUACCUCCAUAGAACUUACCAAACAAAUAUUGGGCCAUGCACGAGCAACCGCCCAUUAUCCUGAACUGGUACUCAAUGGCUUUGUGACCCGCCUUGGUCAUGCUGUUGGUCGAAUGUUCCAGACAACGUUUCCCCAACUGCCCGAAUUUCAAGACGCCAUCGGUGGAUACGCCUUCCGCUCAACGGAGAAGGUUGCGCUGCAGGAGAUUGGGCCUCGAUUUACACUCAAAUUAAGGUGGCUAAAGAAGGGCAUUCCUGCUGUGUAUCGUUUCGGAGAGGAUCCACAGCCAUUGGUGUUCGAUGACCAACAACUCAACGAUGAUGGGAAGGAAGACUCGAAUACAACCGAGCCAUCACCAGAACAAGAAAAACCUACCAAAACGAUACCUCCAAAACAAGAUGAGUUCGUAUGGGCAUGGAAGCCAGAUCUCGAUACUACGCGGAAAACUUUUUUCCUUUG